AUAGCCAUGAUGUGAUGAAAAAUUACGUUUACUACGCUGAUUUCGCCAAAAUCAAAAUAUUGUCUACGUUGAAGAGCUUCAACAAAGGAUUCAAGGAUUUUAAGGAAAAAAUACGAAAAGACAUCCCUCAACACUUCUCGAAGCCGCCACCGCCGCCGACAAUGAAGAAGUCUCCGCCGCCGCCGCUGCCGUCCAUGCUCCCCGUCGCGACCAAGACCGCAUUCCCGGCCGCCGGAAAACGGCCGAGCUCCCCAUUCCCGCUGGCGAACCUCCUCUCCUACCUCUUCUUCUUCGCCUCCGGCCUCACAUUCGGCAUCAUCAUCUGCUUCCAUUACAAGAGCUUCUCCUUCAAUCUGCAAGUCACCGGCGGCCAAUUCUCCUUCUUCACCGCCCAGUCCUCGCUCCAGCAGCCGCCACUGCCGGCAGCGUUCCCAUCGCCGCCGUCUCCGGCUGCCGAAGGAAGCCUGCAGGAGCCGCCGAGCUUGGUGCAUGGCAUGAGCGAUGAGGAGCUAAUGUGGAGGGCGUCAAUGGCGCCUAAGAUCCAAGAAUUCCCGUUCCGCCGCGUGCCCAAGAUUGCCUUCAUGUUCCUCACGCGGGGGCCGGUGGUGCUGGCGCCGCUGUGGGACCGGUUCUUCCACGGGAACCGCGGGCUUUACUCGAUUUACGUCCACUCCGAUCCGUCGUUUAACGAAUCGGAGCCGGAGGGCUCGGUGUUUCGUGGCCGGAGAAUUGCUAGUAAGGAGGUAGAAUGGGGCAAUGUGAACAUGGUGGAAGCAGAGCGAAGAUUACUAGCAAAUGCGCUUCUUGAUUUCUCGAACCAAUACUUCGUGCUCCUCUCCGAGUCAUGCAUCCCUCUCUAUAACUUCUCCACUAUAUACUCCUACUUGAUGAACUCUUCCCACAACUUCGUGGAGUCCUAUGAUCUGCCGGGGGCCGUGGGCCGCGGCAGAUACAACCACGAGAUGGGCCCCACCAUCACGUUGGACAAGUGGCGGAAGGGGUCCCAGUGGUUCCAGAUGGACAGGAAUCUCGCUCUGGAAGUCGUUGCAGACAAGACGUAUCUCCCGCUCUUCCAGAGCUACUGCAACGGCUCGUGCUACGCCGACGAGCACUACCUGCCGACGCUCGUGAGCAUGAAAUUUGGGGAGAGGAACGCGAACCGGACGUUGACCUGGGUCGACUGGUCGAGGGGCGGGCCCCACCCCUCGAAGUUUAUUAGGACAGAUGUCACACUAGAGUUGUUGGAGAAGAUGAGGAGUGGCACGAGCUGCGAGUACAAUGGGAGCAAGACAAGUGUUUGCUUUUUGUUUGCAAGAAAAUUCACACAAAAUGCUUUGGAUAGGCUGUUGAGGUUUGCACCAAGCGUUAUGCAUUUCAACAAAUAGGUACAUAUUUAGAGAGAGGUUAUUUGGUAGGAUAUCAUUCUUUGGGGUAAUGCCGCAAUAGCGGGCCCCUGCAAUUUUUUUUAUAUCUAUAUAUAAAAGUAGAAUUAAUCACUUCUAAAAAUAGUAAGCUGUGAUUUACCGUUAAAAUCAUCGUAUUAUUAUUAGAAUUUUUUUAAAUUUAAUUGUUUGUUCAUUUCUUCUACUUUAAAUUUAUAAAUAUCUUUUUGUUAUAAUUUUUUAUAUUCAUAU